UCCUUAGCACGCUAACAACAUGAAACUGUUUUUAUUCUUAACGCUUUGCAUGACUCUCGUCUUUGUUGCAGCUGAACCCAGUUUUGUAGAAGAUGAAUAUUUAGAAGACGCAGAGGAAAAUGGUGCGCGUCAUCAUUUGCGCCGCUGCCGAAAAAAUGAAGACUGCAGAGCUGGAGAAUGUUGCAGACUUUACUGGUCCUGGUUUCGGAAAAAACGCGGAUGCUUUAAACAGAAGACAGAAAAUCAAUCAUGCCUUCCGAAAACUUCUAGAAGAAACUGUCAUGACGGUUGUGCAGACGGUCUGGAGUGUGUAAAACGUGGGGACACUAAUUUCCAUCAUCUUCGUCACCAUAAUAAGGCCAGGUGUGUUCGUCCGCUCCCGCCCACUGAGGAACCAGGCUCUGGGGAUGUAGACGACUAAGAGAAGAAUAUCAGAAAAUACACGUGACACAUGAUGUAAUACAAGUCGAAAUGAUAUAAUUACGAUUGAACUGUAGAUUAGUAAACUGUCCAGAUGAUCAAUAAAAAGUGUGAA